AUGAUAAUAAAACUGUUUGCAUUUUUUUUUUCUUCCUAUUUAUGCAUUUUUCCCCCCUCCUAUCAUUUCUGUAUUUUUUUUUUGGGGGUUCAUUUUCUACGCAAGACCCACAGUAUAGCUGAUCCUGCUCGGGAACGCUAAUUCAUUUUGUUUAAUGAUUUGAGGAAGCGUGCGGAAGUUUUCUUUAAGGUCAAUUCCCUUUUUGUUUUUGUUCAUUUGGCUUUUUUCGUCCUGUUUGCAUGGGCCAGGGGUAGUCAUAGCUGCAUUUGAGUACCUGUGGGCGCCAAGCGGGGGACGCUUUCUCAGCUCGCGUGGUAACUCGCGUGGCAGUGAGAAAAAACGAGUGGGCAAGACUCACCACUUGCAGAGGACCGUCCGGCCAAAAGUCACGCGAAAGGGCAAAGCUGAGGCGAAACUGAGACGAAACUGAGGCGAAACUGAGACGAAACUGAGGCAAAACUGAGACGAAACUGAGCCGAAGCAGUAUUCAUGGGCGGGAGAAUGGAAGAGCUCCUGAACCUGUACCCAAGCGAAAGUAAAGGCUUAAGCGAAGACAACUAUGGCUUGCUCAACGGGUUUGUAAUGGCCCCUCGGGGGGGGAAGGACAAGUGGGGAGGCGCUGACAAUGUUAUGGAAGACGCAGGGGAGGAAGAGACAAACUUCGACCACGCAAAGGAAGUAGACUCAGAUGAUGACGGCUAUGGAGAAGACGGACUGUACGAUAAUGGAAAUGAUAAAAAUAAGCUCCCCUUUGACAAAAAAAAACACGAAAAGUUGAUAAAAAAAAUAUGCUAUCGGAACGAUUUAAAAUACUACAAUUAUUAUAUUAACAAUUUUGAAAAAAUAAAAAACAUAAAAGGGAUAAAAGAUCGAGGAGAAAAUCGAAUUUGCGUGUUAAUUCUUUGCCUGAAUUAUAUAUACUGCAAUUUGAACAAUGAAAUUAUGACCAUUCAUGAGUUGAAAAGGCAAAUAAAAAAAAACAUCACCAAGACGAGAGUUUAUUGCAAAAAUUUGGCGAAAAUUUUGUUUAUCAUUUGUGGUAAAUUGCAAAUAAAAAAUUUUACAAAAAAUGAUAUACUGCCAUAUAUGGAAAAAUGCAUUACUACGAUAAUUAAGAGGCUGAAAAUUUUGGACGACAAUUUGGGGCGUGAGGAGGACUUCCUCCAUGUGAGUAGGAAGACGAACAUUUUCGAUGACAUUUUCGAUUUUAUAAAUAAUGGCUCCGGGGACGACUUUGCUUUGAAGGAGGAAGGGGCGCUGUUCGGUGAGGCUACUUCGCAGGGGGAAGAAGGGGGGGCGGAGCUUUCCCAGUCGGACAAUCUCUUCUCCAGGGGGACAAGCAGGGACUCCCAUGGCGAGGAAGGCGCUCACCAGGUGGGGCUCGCGGCGAGCGAGGCGGAAAAGGAAAACGCAGCAGAAAAGACGAACGAAGCAGAAAAGGCAAACGCAGCCGAAACGACCCAUCGUCCGGGCACUAUCCACGGUAUGGAACCACCUGAGGGGGGCGCAAACGACAUGCCAGACAUUGCCCCAGGUAGGGAGUACCCCACGUGCAGUUCGUCACCCACGCAGCAUACAUUUGGGGGGGAAAAUCCCCGUGCAUGGAUGAAAGGUAUGGAUAACACACGGAGUGAAAACUGCAGUAGCAGCGAAACGGAGGAGAAAAAAAGAAAAUGCAAAACGCAGAAGAGGAAGAAUGAAAAAGAUGAUGGCAAUGAAAGGAAAAGAAAAAACACAACAACGUCGAAAGAAGUAACAAAAGAUAUAGACAAAAAUGUGCUGAUCGAAUUUUUGGAAAAAAAUGUGACGCUGCUGUCGCUAUACUCCUGCGUGGUAUACUCCAUAUUUAUCCUCUGGAAUCGAACGGAAAAUAUGGACACCAAUUUGUAUAACAAGGAGAGUAGGAAGUGCGGAGGGAAUUUGCAUUAUUUCCUGUGUGCAUCUAUUAUCAUCACUUUUGACGUCUUCAAUGUAAAGAUAAAGGACCAGUUUGUUUGUUCCUGCCUAGGUGUUGUGCAACAGACCAUAACGACGGAAAAGAAAAAAAUGCUCAGCUUCUUCCUAACCACGUUUAGUGAGUUUCUCGGAUUGGAGUUACCCUCCGUUCAGGCAGUCCCCCUAUUCAUGCGCAUCCUCUUUAGCAACUACAUCCUCCUGCAAAUGUACUUAUUAUACAUCGUACAGAAUUACCAGCUGAUAAAAAAGGAGGGCUUCCUACUCUCCAUGGAGCAGUUGCAGGUCUUCUUAGCAAAGCUCUUUAGGAUUAUUCGCCAGAAGUUUUUAAACGUAGCAGACAUUUCCGUGGAUUAUGAUCUGUUCCUUCGAUCGGAUUGGGUUUGUAAAAACGUUGUGCAGGUUGUUUCUCAAAAUGAGGACCUUUCAACUGUGAAGAAGCUGUUAAAAGAUUUGACGAAAAAUUACCCAACAGAGCAGGAGGGGAAAUCUCGAGGGGAGUACAAUUUUGAGGAGGCCUACCAGAUAGACUUGAACCAUAUUGAUUUGUGCAUCCCUCGAAUGUUGGCGCACUGUCUGGGUAUCUGCAAGGGGGAAGCGCCUCCAAGUGGUAAUGCAAGCGGCAACCCAAGUGGUAGCCCAACUGGUGGGCUCCCUCCAUGGGCUCCCCGCGGGGAAGAGAAGACUCUCCUGGAGCGUCGCCACAAGAAGGGGAAAAAACUGAAAAGUGCGAUCGAGGUUAAGUCUCCAUUCCAUGACUCGACUGCAUACGGGGGAGACGCAUUCGAUCAUCAGCGGGAUGUACUCGAUGAGGAUGGAACCGGUCGGAGUGCCUCCCUGAGUGGUAGCAAUAAUGAGGAGAAGGGCGGCCCCCACACCUGCGACGAAGCUGCAUGUAGAAGCACUGAGCACGACGAAUCAACACCGAAUAGCAGCCCCAAGAAACGCAGCACAUGCGCAGACAGAAAAGGUCUGGACAGUGGAGUGAAGAAGCCAGUGGAAGAUUACUUAGAAGAAACAAAACUGGGGAAGACGCACACGGACGAUUUUGCAAAAGGGGAUACAUUAAAAACGCCAGGUGAAAGUUCCCCACUGGACUUCUUCUCCAGCCAUAUAAACAUUUUAAAAAAAAUAAACCUACAAAAUAUACACGAAAUGAACAUGGAAAUAGUUCCAUUUUUUAACGUCAAAAUAGUUGUGCAGUUUUUAUUUUACAAUGUUUUGAAGAGCAUUAUUUACAAUUGUUACUCGCUGAGUUUUUUCAGUCUGCACAAUUUGCAUCGGUCCGUUAGCACAAGGAAAAGCGCAAAAGAGGAUUCACUUGUGUGUGAAGAAUUGCAAAAGGGGGAUCCCCACGACAUGCCCAUUUUUUUAAAAAACAAAAUUGCCAGCAAAAUCAAAGAAAUGAAGGGGAAGAAAUACACCUUCGAAAAAUACAUCAUUUGUGAGCAGCCCCACUACAUAGAGAAGUUUCAGAAUUGCAAGUUGCUUGGGGAAGAUGCCAGGAGAUUUUUAAGUGACCAGCAGGUUAAGCUGCAGAGUGUUAAGGAUUUGUUUCCGAGCUGUGCUAUUGAGGAAGGCUCGAAUGGAUCGAAUGGCGCUAAUCCCGCAAAUCGCGCGAAUGACUCCCUUUGUCUGGACACCUCCAGCGAUGGCACUUCUAAUGCCGCGGCCGCUCAGGCGGAGGGGGAGCAGCCCCCCUUGUGCAGAAUUGACAGCAUGUCCGGGAGCAGCUCAAGUGGGAGCAGUGGAAGCAGCGGAACAAGCGGCACAAGCGGCAGCACCGAAAGCAGCGCCGGCACUGCCCUGAGCGAUCAGCAAGGAACCAAAGGAAGUAAGAACAAGCUGAAGCGAAGCAAUAGCAGCAGAAGUGACUCCAACAACGGGAAGAAAAUAAAAAUAGCCCUCUGCCACUACGACGUAGGCGUCGAGAAUUGCAACGACUGCCAGAACAGCCUAAAGGAGGAGCCCUUCAGCCUGUUCGAUUAUAUUUAUAACAACAAAAUGAUGAAGGAAUAUAAAAACGUCGAGCAGUUAUUCUCCAGAAAAAAUUUCACUCUCCUUUUUAACAUGUUUAACAAUAUGAAUUAUCCUUUCCAUGGAAAUAAAAAAAAAUUAGUAAAAAUGAACGACUGCUUGUACCACACAUACCAUUUAAUAGGCAUUAAAAAAAUUGCAGGCACUGGGUAUAGCUUCACCUACAAAAACGAGUUAAAUGAUAAUUAUUAUAAAGUCCUCAAAACGAAAAUUUGUAACAUCCUGUCCGUGCAAGACAUUUAUUUUUUGUUUAACCGAUUUUUUUAUUUCUUGUUUGUUUAUAUCAAAUCGCACUGCUGCUUUGGGGGGAAAACUGGCGGCGAUUUUGGCACUGCCGGAGGAGUGGAGCCUCGGCCAGCGCAGUCAUCGCAGCCAUCGCAGCCAUCGCAGCCAUCGCAGCCACCGCAAACAUCGCACACAUCGCACACGUCGAAGGUCUGCCCCUGUAACAAGGCCAACUGCUGUUACAAAAUUAAGACCAUUGUGCUAUUUGGAAACGUCUAG